UGGCGCGGGAAGAGGACACGACUUUUGGAUUGUUUUUGUCACGAAAUAUAAAAUAAAGACACGUUUUUGUUUACGUUUUGUCCCGAACGUGCAUGCGGAAGAGACGUGGAGCAAUGCCCGGUGCGGCUGCGUGACACAGUUCACUCUGACCACACCUGCAGGGUCACAUGUGACUUCUAUGGACCUAACCUCUGGAAUAAUGUACGACAUUUUCAGAGAUCAUGUAUGGAAUGAUUUGGGACCACUAGACCCUGACUGGUUUGAGACACUUUCAGCAGAAGCAUCUGAGGAAGGAGAUGUCUUGGAUAAAGAUGAACUGUGUGCCAACCAGGAAGCACUGCGCGCCAACCAAGAAGAAACUCCUGUGGCUGACAGGAGACACUACAGUCCAAUGUCCUCUACCCCCAGAGUCUACAGACUCAACCACACUCUGUCCCCUGAAACAGAUCAAGACUCUGUGACUGUCCAACAAGCAGAAACACCCUGGAGAAGUAGAAGCCCAAAUGCAUCUCUGGAGAGGUCAUCAUCAUUUGAUUUAUUUGCACAUCUCAUGAGUCCCAGUACAGACCGACCCGGCAGCCCCGUCCAGUCCAAGACCUGCUAUAUCCGAGACAUCUCUGAAAGACUUGGUGCACACAUGGGAGACAUAUCCUGGAGCAGCUCUUUAAACACCCCCCCGCCUGUGCCCUCUACUUGGAUUUUAACCAGAAAAGAGAGUGAAAGUACUAUCAGCCUUACUGAGGACACAAGUGUUUUAGCCCGCAAGCUCUUUCACUGUUACCCAAGUGUGCCUGCAGAUGGGUUUAUCCCGGAGGCAGCUCUCGUCUCAGAAGAUGCUGAAGUGACUUCUUCGAACAGUAAAACAGCACAAAACCCCACCUGCAACACUGCACAAAGUCCUCUCCUCGGAACUGAAAACACCCCCUACACAAACCGUAGUGCUAUAUUUAGGAAAGUGAGAAAUGAGAGGGUUCAUAGAAGACACAUCACUCAGACAAAUGAAAGUGGCUGUGAAGAUGUGGAGGCCUCAGAGGACAGGUCCAGUAAGCCACAAGCUGAAAACCCUGCUCUCUCCCAGUGGUCUCCUAUAAGUUUGUCUCAAGUUCAGUCACAAAACUUUUCCCCAUCUGUUUGCCUGUCUGCCAUGAAGAGGACUAAAAUGAGAGGAAAACGAAGGCUCAUGAUUCAACACGGCGAGAACAUCGGUGGUCAAGACCCCGCGUUGACUUUGAAACCAAGCAACGCAGAUGAUAGCGGCUUUUCAUCUGCAACCAUUCCAGUUUCAAAUUUGGAAAAUAAAACUACGAGUGAAAAAGAAAACAAGGACAAUUUUUCGGAUUCUGUAGGUUUCAGAACGGCUUCCGAUAAAAACAUAAAAGUCUCAUUGGCAAGUCUGAAAAAAGUCAAGAAUCUUUUCAAUAAUCUAGAUGAGAAAGAAAAUGACCGACACACACUACCUGAUGAGUUAGAAGCGAGCGUUACUGAUAAAAAUGGGGUUUCAAAUAACGAUUGGAAUCUUACAGUUUCACAAAAAGCCGAGGUUAAGGAACUCUGUGAAUUCCUAGAACAAUCAGACAGCCAGUUUGACUUUACACAGACCUCAAUCCAAAACGCUAAUCAGGUGUCUCAAAACCAGGGCUGUCCCACAUUAAAAUCCGAAGCACUUCCCUCCUACUCACCUGCAACAACAACAACCUUGAAUCAGUCAAACAAAGCCGAGAAGCGUCCAAAGUUCAGCGAGGCAUCAGAAACCGCUUUCAAGACUUCAAAUUCAAGAAAUAAUUUUGAAGGAAGAAAUGUAAACGCUUCAUUUACUCAAGGAUUUAAGAUGGCCAGUGGGAAGGGAAUUACUGUGUCGGACCAAAAUUUGCAGAAAUCCAUGGAGCUUUUCGAAGAUUUGGUUCAUGAUCUUGAUGGUGUGUCAACUUUUGGGAAAGCCUGUUUCAGAAAUGAGACAAGUUCUUGUGUUCCAUCUAGUCUCAGUGAAUCCCAACACUCUGUAUUGGCUAUUAAAAAAGCAAAAAUGUGUAAAGUGGAAAACAACGUCAAACCAGACCGUUCUAAAGUUCUUCUCAACGCACAAAAGACCCAUUUAGUAACAUCCUGUAGGAAGCCACUGGUUGUAACAGCUGAGGCUAAGUCCUCUUCUGUUGACACUCAAGAAAGUUUGAAUGACACAGCCAGCAGUGAGCGCCCAAAACAUUGCCAAAAAUCUGAUGCAGAAGAAGAGAUUUGCCCAAAACCUAAAGACAUUGAACAGCUUAUUGUCCAAAGUGGUCAAUUCAAAGAAGACCCAAGGGACAGUCAUGUUUCAACAAAAAUAAGUGAAUUUUCAUCAAACAAUUCUGUCAAAUUAACAUCUAAGAUUUCAUAUGAGAGUGACAAACCAGAUGAAAGCGGCAUAACAAAUGUUGAGACUUUAGAGAGUUGCUUCAGAACAGCUCAGGGCACACAGGUUCAAGUGUCCAAAAAACACGCUGAACAAUCAGACAGCCAGUUUGACUUUACACAGACCACAGUCCAAAACGCCAAUCAAGUGUCUCAAAAUUGGGGCUGUCCCACAUUAAAAUCCGAAGCACUCCCCUCCUACUCACUUGCAAAAAUACCAACCUUGAAUCAGUUAAACAAAGCUGAGAAGCAUCCAAAGUUUUGUGAGGCAUCAGAAACGGCUUUGACAAUGAAUUUUGAAGGAAGAAAUGUGAACACUUCAUUUACUCAAGGAUUUAAGAUGGCCAGUGGGAAGGGAAUUACUGUGUCGGACCAAAACUUGCAAAAAUCCAAGGAGUUAUUUCAAGAUUUGGUUCAUGAUAUUGAAGGUGUGUCAACUUUUGGGAAAGCCUGUUUCAGAAAUGAGACAAAUUCUUUUGUUCCAUCUCAUCUCAGUGAAUCCCAUGGUGACAAACACUCUGUAUCAGCUGUUAAAAAAGCGAGAAUGUGUAAAGUGGAAAACGACGUCAAGGCAGACCGUUCCAAAGUUCUUCUGAAUGCACAAAAGACUAAUUUCGUAGCAGCCUGUAGGAAGCCAUCGGUUGUAACAGCUCAGGCUAAGUCCUCUUUUGUUGACACUCAAGAAAGUUUGAAUGACACAGCCAGCGGUGAGCGCCCAAAACAUUACCAAAAAUCCAACUCUGAAGACAUUGAACAGCCUAUUGUCAGAAGUGCUCAGUCCAAAGAAGACCCAAGGGACAGUCAUGUUUCAACAAAAAUAAGUGGAUUUUCAACAAACGAUGCUGCCAAAUUAACAUCUAAGAUUUCAUAUGAGAGUGACAAACCAGGUGAAAGUGGCAUAACAAAUGUUGAGACUUUAGAGAGUUGCUUCAGAACAGCUCGGGGCGCACAGGUUCAAGUGUCCAAAAAACACAUUGAAAAAGUGAAGCACCUCUGGAAAGACUUUGACUGUUUAAACUCUCCAAAUGAGAUCAUUAGAGAUACAGAAGAAAACUCAAACUGUCAGAGUGUGUCAAUAGAUGGGAAUUGUGUCAGUGAAAAUAAACAGAAGACACCCAAAACGGAGACUCAGUAUGAGCCUCAAGCUGUACUACAAACACCCCUUCCAGCAUCUUCAGUGUCACAGAGCUGUGCAUUUCAGACAGCAUCUGGAGCAAAGGUCAACAUUUCAUCUGAAAGCCUCAUGAGAGCCAAACGUAUGUGGAGUGAAUUUGAAGAUGGUCAAAGUAAAGCUCCAGUAAUGAGAGAGAAUGGGUCAGUUCCUCCCACCAGUGGCUUUCUCACUGGCAGUGGUAAAAAGCUGUCUGUGUCUGUGGAGGCCAUGCUGAAGGCGAAAGCUCUGUUUGACGAUAUCGGUUCUACAUCAGAUACCAAAGAGACUCCAAAAAUAAUCAAGCCAUCCAUUGCUGAAAAACUUAAAUCACUUUCUUCUCACAAACAUUCAAGUGCACACACUCAACUUUCAAUUUACCGUUCAACUGAAACCACAUUUCCAAAGAUGGACUCUAAGGAAUAUUGUGGUAGUAAAAAUGGCUUUACAACAGCCAGUGGAAAAACGGUGAGAGUCUCAGAAGAAGCACUAAACAAGGCAAUGGAAUUGUUGUCAGAAGGAACAGAGUUAGGGAAUGAAUUGGAGGACAAUGCUCUAAGAAAAGCUUCAAUGAGCAAAAAGUGUGCUGAACCACAAUUCCCAAAAAACAACUCUGAAAACAGAAGUUCAUCACCUCACCUCACAUCAUCAGAUGGGCCAUGCUUAAGACCAGAAACCAUGCACACAACAAUGGACAGCAAUGUUCAAACUAAACACGAGAAGGAGGGAGCAUUCUUACCUCUUGAACUUUCAGUGAGCAGAUUGGACUCUAUGACAGCUCCAAACAUGGAAGAAAACAGUGGAUGCGGGUUUACCACAGCGAGUGGAAAGAAGGUUAACCUGUCAGAAGAAGCUCUCAAGAAAGCUAUGAAGAUGUUGUCAAAUGAAAUUGAAUUGAAUGGUGAUGAAGGUAGUUGCACAGCUGAAGUCAUGACAGAGGAAAUGAAUGCGUCUAAAUCCCAGUUUAGGUCUGUACAAGCCAAAUAUAACAAUGCUGCAAACAAAAUUAAUAAUUUCACCUCAAAUGUCAACCCAUCCGUUAAGAUGGACAUAACCUCCAAAAAAGAAACUCAUCCUCAGUUGUAUAAAGACGGAAACGCUCAUCCAGUGGUGGUGAACUUGGACAUGCUUCAGCUUGGCGGCUGCACUUCCACACAGCAGCAGUUCCUGGCACAGGAGGCCUUGGACUGCACCAGGGCCUUGUUGGAAGAUGAGGUCCGGGCUGCACACACGCUGACAGAUGGUCUGGAACACAAGUCAGCUUUGACCCACUCAUCAGGACAACUGCAGAACCAGAUGGAGAAGAAGGAAGACCGAACUGGCGAGCCAGUUCUGAAAAGGCCUUCACCCGAGGAACUAGACCGCACUUGUGAUAUACCUAAAAAGCCCAUUCCUAAUCCUGCCUGGAGCUGUCUUGGUGGUUUGUUGAAAGACAGAAGAGUUUUUCAAUACCAUGUGUCACGCCAUCCAAACACCCCAAGGCCGCACGGGAGCAUAAAGGAGCAGGCGAAACCAACUCCAGCGGCCCCUACACUAACCAGGAGAGGAGCAACAUUUGUGCCUCCCUUCUUAAACGCCAAAGCUAAAGCCCCUAGAGACGACGCGCAGGAAGAAAAGGAAAAACCAUGCACGUUUGUCCCCCCGUUUAAAAAGCACAAAUCUGAUAUCCACGGAAAUGUCACAGUAAACAAAGACGGCAGCUGUGACAAAGAAUCUUCUACCAUGCACACGUUUGUACCACCUGCCCCCAAAAGACCAAAGACACAGAAUGACAGCACCAGCAAACAGGCCGCAGUUCCAGAUCUUGAUCAAGUAUUCACUCCAGAAGGUGAAGCUGAUAAACCGAGUAAGAAAGAGGAAACUGCUGCAGUCGUUCAUAGUCCAGAGAUGGAGCAGGAUGUCAAAGGCACAGCAGACGCUUCUACUCACGAGACUCUGGGGAGCAUGGGGGAUCUGGCUCGUGAUCUGCAGGACAUGAGGAUCAGGAAGAAGACACGGCAGACGAUCAAACCCCUUUCAGGAAGCUUGUUCCUCACAAGAUCCUCCCCAGUGAAGAGGCUCUCCUUCAGAGCUGUAGUGAAUGGAGAGAGCCCGCACAAGUACAGCCAAAAACAGUUGUACCAGUUUGGAGUUGAUCAGCAGGUGUGCCACGUCACCAGUCAAACAGCUGAAUCGUUUUGCUUCAACUUGCUGAAGUUCCACAAGCCCCAGUCCUUUCUGGAGUCAGGAGCAGUGCAGCUGGCGGAUGGAGGGUGGCUUGUUCCCAGAAGAGAUGGGACUGUGGGGAAAGACGAGUUCUAUAAAGCGCUGUGUGACACUCCCGGUGUGGACCCCAGGCUGAUCAGCCCACAGUGGGUGUACAACCAUUACAGGUGGAUCGUGUGGAAGCUGGCCUCCACAGAGAGGGCCUUCCCUUUCUACAUGGGCAGUGUCUGCUUCACCCCAGAGCAGGUUCUUCUGCAGCUCAAGUACAGAUAUGAUGUAGAAGUGGACCAUAGCCGUCGCUCUUCUCUGAGAAAAAUCAUGGAGAAGGAUGAUGCCUCAGCUAAAACCAUAGUGCUGUGUGUAUGUGGGAUCUUCUACGAUGGUCAGUCGAGCUCUGCACCUGCUCAGGAGGUUGGAGUGAAGCCCGACAGCUCCUGUGCCAUUGUGUGGCUCACAGACGGCUGGUACUCUAUCAAAGCUCAGCUGGACCCUCCGCUGACCAACAUGCUGCACCUGGGACACAUCAAAGAGGGGGUGAAGCUCAUGGUGCAUGGGGCACAGCUCUCGGGCUCCGAAGUGGCCUGCACCCCUCUGGAGGCACCAGACUCCCUACUCUUAAAGAUCUGCGCCAAUAGUACGAGGAGGGUUCGCUGGGACACCAGACUGGGCUUCUACAAGGACCCCCGGCCCUUUGUGCUGCCCCUGCGCUCUCUGUUCAGUAAAGGAGGAGCAGUCGGCAGUGUGGACAUGCUCAUACUUAGGAUCUACCCCAUCCAGUGGAUGGAGAGAACGGCCGAUGGAGGGGUGGUGUUCCGCUCGGCCCGCGCUGAAGAGAAAGAAGCGAGGCGAUACAACAGUCACAAGCAGAAACAUCUAGAGGCCCUGUAUUCAAAGAUCAAUGCUCAGUUUGAAAAGGAGGACAGAGUUUACCAGCUGAGUGUGUGGAGUCCGUCUUCAGAGCUCCAGUCUUUGCUGAAGGAGGGCUGUCGAUACCACACCUAUAACCUGACAGCUUCUGAGGGCAGGACAGGAGCAGGCAGGGCCACCGUGCAACUCACUGCUACAAGGAAGACUCUCUUCACACGUCUACAGACUUCGUCUCACUGGCUGUCGGCACAUUUUUGCCCCCGAGCUUCAGUCAGGUUUACAGAGCUUCAGAACCCAGACUUCGUGCCUCUGUGUGGAGAGGUGGACCUCACAGGAUGUGUCAUCAGUGUCACUGAUCAGCACGGCUCCUCUCCGGUCAUGUACCUGGUGGACGAGGGCUUGCAGGUGGUGAAGGUUCGUGCUUGUGGUAGCUUGGUUCGCUGUGGCUGGGAGGAUGUGGUGGAGCCACGUGCUCUGCUGUCCCUGAGUAACCUGCAGGUCAGACGUCAGUGUGUGUCUGACCCUCCUGUGCUGUUCGCCGGAGACAUGACCGAGCUCUCCACAAACCCCCGGGAGUCCCACCUGCAGCAGAGCCUGGGCCGCCUCAGACAAGCUCUACAAGGCCAGGAUGAUUUCUUUCUGAGAGCUGAGCAGAGACUGAUUGAAAUCCUGACUCCUGAAGGCCAAAGUUUGUCAGCUGUUGAACCCACAACUCCACGGUCAACAACAACCACAGCACAAAAACUUAGAACUCCCAACUCUACAAAGAUGACAAAUCAGAGUGUGGAAAACCGUCCCGCCACUCCCCCAGUGUUUAAGACCCCCGCCCGGGCAAACCUGUCCACAAAGAAGGAUCCGCAGAGCCUGAGGAGAAGGAAAGCUCUGGAACACCUGAGCCAGUACCCUCCUCCUCCCCCCCUGCCCCCACUCAACACGACCGUCUCACCCAGCGUCAAAAAGACCUUCUGCCCCCCGCGCCGCUCCCUCGCCCCCGGCCCCCCCGCAGGAUCGGCUGGCCCCGCCCCUGUGGAGGAGGGCUGGGUCCGCGAUGAGGAGCUGGCGCUGAUCGAUACUCAGGAGCUGUGUGUGGACGAUUUACCCAUGGACUGACUCUGGUGUUUGUCUGUAAUCAAACAGGCUGUACAUUUGUUCAUUUGUUCUGUGCUCUUAUUCUAAAUUAUAAAGCUUGUCCACACAUGUAUGUAUUGUUGUUGAUAAUAAAAAGAUACACUAUCUUUUCUA